AUGAACAAGCCAAGUUUUCAGGAUGCAGUUGUCUUUAAGUUCACGAACUUCGUCUGUGAGAGCUAUAACAAAUCAUUUUUUGUGUUCAACAACUGUCGCCUCAAGGCAAUCAAUCGAAAUAAAGUUGUUUUCAAUAUGAAUGCGACUAUACUGCACCCGGCCAAUGCCAUUACGAUACGUUGCAGGCUUUUCAAAAAGGCAAACGGCUUUAAACCCUGGAUGAUUGUCAGAAGUGUUGAUGUCUGUCGGUAUAUGCGAACCGGCUACGACCCUUAUCUGAAAAUAGUCUUUGGUCUCUUUCAUGAUUUUUCCAACAUUAAUCAUACAUGUCCUUAUGUGGGACAUCAAAUUUUAAAAGACUUUUAUCUGAGACCUGAGCUGCUGCGUCUACCUCUUCCAACGGGCGAUUACUUGCUGGCUUUGCAUUGGAUCUUUGGAAAGAACAAAGUGGAUACAAAUGCAAGUUUUUCCUUCGUAGAGGAUCUUCUGAAAAGCAAAUAA